UGGAGUUUGGUGUCAGCAUCAGGACCGACAGUGCGUGAAGUACAUUAUAGUGUCAAGUGGCUACAGAGAGAAUAAACAGACGCGUAGACUCAUUUAAAAAAACAGCUAGUUGGAGGGUUGGUUUGAAGGUUCUGUGCAUGGUGUGAUGGGGUCCUUCAGCCGACAGGAGUUCUUCCAUGAGCUUGCAGAGGGCUGCCUUCUGCCCACCGCUCAGCAGGGCCUGGAGCAGGUGUGGCAGCUUCUGGUCAUCUGCCUUCUAUGCCGACUUCUCUGGAUUCUGGGCCUCCCCUCUUAUGUGAAACACCUGAGCACUGUGGCAGGAGGGUUCUACGCCCUGUACCUGUUCUUUGAGCUCCACAUGGUGUGGGUGGUGCUGCUCAGUCUACUAUGCUACCUCAUCCUCUUCCUCUGUCGGCACUCCAGUAACCGGGCCACCUUCCUCUCCAUCACAGUCCUCAUCUACCUGCUCAUGGGAGAGUUGCAUAUGAUGGACACCACCACCUGGCACAAAAUGAGAGGUUCCCAGAUGGUGGUGGCUAUGAAGGCCAUUUCUCUGGCCUUUGACCUGGACCGAGGUGUGGUGACCAACGUGCCCUCUCCUGUGGAGUUCAUGGGCUACAUCUACUUUGUGGGAACGGUCAUUUUCGGACCCUGGAUCAGCUUCAACAGCUACAGAGAGGCUAUAGAGGGCCGCAAGCUGAGCUUCUCCUGGAUAUGGAAAGUGUGUGUCAGCUGGGUGAAGAGCCAACUGUGUCUGGUCAUCUCGAAUUGUGUUGCUCCCUACCUCUUCCCUUACUUCAUCCCCAUCUAUGGGGACAAGCUGCUACACAACAAAACAAAACGGAAGAUCGGAGGUGCUGUGGCAAGCUGGCUCCUAGCCUACGAGAAUGCACUCUCCUUCCACUUCAGCAACUACUUUGUGGGUUACCUGAGUGAGACCAGCACCACUCUGGCUGGAGCAGGCUUCACUGAGGAGAAAGACAACCUGAAAUGGGAUAUGACUGUUGCUAGGCCCCUUCAUGUGGAGUUUCCCAGAUCUAUGGUGGAGGUGGCCACCUCGUGGAAUCUGCCCAUGUCCCGAUGGCUCAGCACCUAUGUUUUUGCCCGUGCUCGUAACCUUGGAACCUUUCCAGCCAUCCUAGUGACUUACGCAGCCAGUACACUUCUACAUGGUCUGAGCUUCCACCUGGGUGCAGUGCUACUGUCUCUCGCCUUCAUCACAUAUGUUGAGCAUGUUUUGCGGAAGAGGCUGGCAGACAUUUUAAACGCGUGUAUUCUGUCAAAGAAAUGUCAGCCAAACUGCACUCACAAGAACAAAGAGGCCCCGUGGGUGUACAUUAUUAAUAUAGCCUUCAGUGCCCUGGCAGUCUUCCACCUGGCAUACCUGGGCUCUCUGUUCAACUCCAGUGUGGACUACAUGGAUGAUGAUGAGGAGAGUGGCGUGGCCAACCACACCAUUCAGAAGUGGUCGGAGCUGAGCUGGGCCAGCCACUGGGUGACGUUUGGCUGCUGGGUGCUCUACCGCAUCAUCCUCUAGAUGUGUGAGGGAGUGGGAGCGAGAGAGAGCUGGGGACAGAGAGACAUAUAGAGAAGGGAAGCAAUAACAAGAGGGAAUUAACGUGAGCCUGUUAAGGAAAGACCGGCUCUCUACUCCUGCACUGUGAAGUUGUAUUGGACUGAAGAGUACAUACACACAACCACCCUAUGGACAGUAUAUUAACUAUUUUCUCAAUACCAACAUACAGUGCUCAGGACACCGCCUAAGAGACGAGGUAAUCUACUUACUGUAACCUGCUGGCGACAAACUAUUUUUGAUACUCUUGAAAUAAUGCCCCAAUCUUCCUUAAUCACAUUGUUUCGUUUGAGCUGCUGCAUUUGUCUACCCCUUGUGGCGAGAUGGAUCAACAGCAGAUGUGGAUCAGACAUCUCCAUGCGAUUCUCAAUCAAUACUCUUCCUGUUAGCAUGACAGUGGUCAAUCAUUCACUCUCUUUGAUGAACAACUAAGAACCCGUUGUCUAGUUUUCAGAAGUGAUUCCGUAAUACGCCAUUAAAGUAUUAUUUUCCUUUUCCUCCGUAUUCGAAAGCUACAUUUUUUUAUUUCACCCUACUUAGUUGUUACAUUUGUAGAGCAUGUAAAACCCUGUUUUUGUGAU